UAAUUCUCACUCAAUGAAUUUGUUGCUUAAAGCUUUGGCCUCUUCCCUUAUCCUCUCUGUCUCCGUCUCUCAUUGGUGUUUGCAGAGAUAAGAAGGGGAAAAAAAACUAAGCUGCGAUCUUCUCCCAUCUAAAGGGAAUUCCCAAGCAACACAUGACAACAUUUUGAGAAAAAGAAAAUGACCCAGUAGGCCACCAAUUGAGGGUCACCUAUGUACUAGGAGAGCCAAAAACAAAUAUAAUCCCUCACAUGAUCAUGGAUGAAAAUGAGAUCCGCAGGCCCAACUUCCCUCUUCAGCUCCUAGAAAAGAAGGAACAACAACAACACGCCGGUAACGCCGAGACGAGCUCCAAAACAACCUCGGAACCGACCAAGAAACCUCUACCUAAGAGGACAUCAACGAAAGACAGGCACACCAAGGUGGAAGGCCGUGGUCGUCGCAUCCGUAUGCCGGCGACGUGUGCCGCUAGGGUGUUCCAGUUGACGAGAGAGCUCGGUCACAAAUCGGAUGGCGAAACCAUUGAAUGGUUGCUUCAACAAGCUGAGCCUGCUGUGAUUGCUGCUACGGGGACAGGUACUAUCCCUGCUAAUUUUACGUCCCUUAAUAUUUCACUCAGAAGUUCAGGCUCUACCAUGUCAGCUUCCCACUUGAGGAGUACUUAUUUCAAUCCAAAUUUCACUACACAACAAUUGAGGAUGAGAAGUGAAUGUGAUCAAAGGAAUGCCCUUGACGACUCAUCUCAACCACAAAGGAGGGUCUUAUUUCCGGGAGUUGCUUUAUCGUCCGAAGAUUCAUUAAACUUUCCCAGUAGUAGUAGCACUAGUUUCAACGCUUUCUUGCAAGCUAAACAAGAGAUUCAGGACGCUAGCGUUGACCUCGCAGAGACAGCAGAUACUAGCAUAGGGAAAAGGAGGAGGGCGGAGCAGCAAGAAUUGCAACAAAAUCAGAUGGGGAGUUACUUGAUACAAUCUAAUGCCGGUUCGAUUCCGGCGACUCUUAAUCCGAUCCCGACGACAUUUUGGAUGGUGGCUAAUCCCGGAAACCAAGUCAUGGGCGGGAGUGGAGCCGGGGAUCCCGUGUGGACAUUUCCUUCUGCUACUAGUACUAAUAUGUAUAGGGGUACUAUGUCUAGUGGGGUACAUUUCAUGAAUUUCGCUACCCCAAUGACUCUCCUACCUGGCCAACAAUUUGGUUCAGGAAAUGGUGCUGCUGCUGAUUCAGUUACCGACACUCAUUUAGGCAUGCUCGCGUCACUUAAUGCUUAUAGACCGAUUCCGGGUACAAACCCUUCCGAGUCUCCGGCCAGCGGAUCACUUCCUCACCACGGCGGAGAAAACAAGCAUGAUUCAACUAGCUAGUGUUCGGUUCGGCCAUGGCAUUAAAGCAAAUUACAAAGUGUAUGGCUUGGUCAUGCUUUAUUCCCUUUUUUUUUCCACAUAUAUUUUUAGUAGUACAUAUAUGUGCAAUUUGCAACACAGGCUCAAGUUUGAAUGCUAUGAAA